GGUUCAACGAAACUGCUGAUUCACAAGUGUUCUACUACAAUCAAUGGAGAUGUAUUACGCGGUUGUUCUGAUUGCGACCUUGGUGGUAUCUUCCGGAGCUAGUUCUGUUCAGUACACACUGAAGCCUGAGACACAGUGUGGGAAACUUCAUACAGCUGGAGACGACAACCUGGUCAUCGACUCGAUAAGUCUGAUCCAAACCGAUGAGAACAAUAGAAUUGCAGCACAAACAACGGCACCUUUUGCAUGUCAGUCUUUUUCGAAAGCAUGCAGUGGAUCAUUCGAGAUGAAAACUUCUGGAAGUAAUAAGAACAACAUAUAUCACAUCAUACUCCAUGUCCGUCUGUUGCGACUCACUAAAGAGACUGGAUACUGGUACUACUAUUUUCCAGAAGGCAAUAUGUUCUGGAAUGGCGGUAAUGGCAGAAAGGCAAGUAAAUGGGACAAGAGUAAAUCCUUCGAUAACAAACUUUACAACAAGAAUCCAUUUCUUAUUGGAGAAGUCACUGUCACAGUUGAUGGAAAGACUGUAAUAAGUCGAAAAGCGAAGCAGGAGAGAUGUUUUGAUUCGUAUAGUUGGAUUGCCGAUCAUGGAAUUUAUCUUCUCAAAGAUGACAAGUGGAAGACUAUGUAUUACUACCCUCGCGAAGUUCCUCAAAUUCUGUCUCACUAUGUGCCGAUGAUGACCCUCUUCCGUUGUGUCAUUUUAUUAUCGACGUUGAAUGGAGCCCGAAUGUUGUCAUGCUAUCACUGCAUUUCUCAACUUCCACUCGAAGGCGUCGAAGACGAUGCUCGUCUGGCUCUCAAGCAACUUGUUUUCCAAAGGUACAACGUACCACCGUCACAUGAGUACUGCGACGACUCAAAAGCCUACGAUUUUCUCUCGGCUGAAACACAGACCUGUGACGAUACUGACCAGUGCAUAAAAAUCUCUAUUUUCCAAAAAGAAUUGUCAUUCGUGAUGCGAGGAUGUCGAAGCAAACUUCUUCGUUCUAGCUACUACCUCAGCAAAGACGCUCAAUGCACGAAUAGUGGAGCAUCACAAUGCUUGUGUGACGAAAAUUUAUGCAAUAUUUCGGGUAAUGCACACACGAUCCUCAUCUACAUUAUUUGUAUAGCAUUUAUGUUGAUAGUUUGA